GUGAGGCCAAGGCUGUCAAAACAUGGCCUCUGAUACGGAAGUACGGAGUCAAACAGUGGUAAAUAUCUUUGUCGUUUAAUACGAUGUUUGCAAACUUUUACCAUUCUUAGCUUUUUUUACAUUCAUCCUAUAGACUCGUCCUCCUCCGCAUUUGGAAGGAAAUUUAAUUUUUCACCGUGCAAACAAGCUUGGAAGACCAAAACGGGCUUUCUUCGUGGUAAGGGCUGCAUAAGCGACCAAACUUUCUAUGAGUCAGAGUUUCAUUUGUUUUCAUUCAGCUAUUCUUUACAGAAGUAUGCAUUUUGUGAGUCUGAUUUAAAAACUUCCGUACGAUUGAAGCGACAGAGUCAUUAGUGUUUAGAAAUCGUGAAUUGAAAUUGAAAUGAUGUCUUGCCUCCCGGAAACCAUAAAACUAAAACUAGGGGAAAAUUGCUAAUCUUUCGAUCUGUCAUUGUGAAACACCAUAUUAUACUUACUUUCUUCGCGAAGAGCAUUAUGGUAUGUUAUAACUCAGGCCGGAAUGGUCUGCACUUGAGAGUUGUUCUUGAUAUUGGCACUAAUAGUUACUCCCUAUUUUUUUUUUCUCUGGCUGUUGUUCUUCUGUUGUUCUUUUUUUUUUUACAAUAGUUUACCAUCGAAACGUGCUUGCCAUGAAUGGAUGUUGUGUUAAUCUUAAAGUUCGUACCAAUUUUCAUUUUCCACUGCAUUACUGCAAAAAAAAUUAAUUACCACAAAGCACCGCAGAAAGUAAAGAGGUAUUUUGACGUGGUCAUAGCAGUGUGGUAUAUUUGUACUUGUUCAGAUGGAUAAAGUAAAAUGUGAAAAUUAACCGUAAAAUUUACAUCAUGAGCUUUUGGAUGCUUUUGUAAUUUUACUCCAUAAACAGGAAGGGUUAGCUCUUCACCUAAACUUUGAUCACUUUUCUUUUUUUUUUACAUUUGUAUAUUCCAGUGGCAGAUACAUGAGAAGGUUCUAAGGGGUCCAGACCCCCCUUCCUAUUAGACCUGUGGAUUCUUUUUCUCAUGUUGUAACACAAAAAUUGUUUAAAUCACAAGAUUACAGGCUGGUACUCCCAGUAUAAAGUAUUUGAUAUUUACUUUGCUUGCAAUAUUUCCGAGCUUAUAUAGACCAUGUUAAAAAAAGAGAAAUUUCUUUGUUUCAGAAUCAAAGGUUGGACCCCUUAUUAAAAAUUCCUGGAUCUGUCCCUGUAUUGAAUAACAAAGUUGAUGAAUAACAGCAUUUCUAAUUUUCUCUUGAUCUACAGCUGUUGGAGACAGUGAUAUAUCAGUAUGAAAGCAAGGACAUGUAUUAUAAGAGGCAAAGAUCAAAAGAGGAUUUAAAAAUAUGUCUGGAAGAGGUAAAUCAAAAUUAUCAUUGUGCUUAUAGAUGUAAUUGAAGUUGUACAAUACUGUAAUUAUAUUAAGCUAUAUUAUCAAAAAGUUAAUAUUAGUCAAGGUAUUAAUUGGCCCACAUACCUGUCAAAUAACUGCAAUUUAUUAUUAUUCAUGCAGUUAAUUUCAGAGCCUGAUUGGGACUUUCGUCAUUAAUUCUAUUCAGUUAUAAAACUUACCAUACAUCAUAGAAUUUGCUCAUAUGGAUGAUUGUUUCAAGGCUUGACACUUGAUGUAGUUAUCAUUUUGCUAAUCAUUGGUGAUUAUGUUGUUAGGUCAGUGGUAUAACAGAAAUUUUGAUGUCCAGCAAACAAUACGAGAACUGCAGCUUCAAGCUGACACUUAAUGGCAAAGAGGCUAAAGAGUACAAGUUUUCUGCUGAGGUACUGAUUCUAAAGUUAUCUACACCCCUUAUGCCAUAAUGUCAGUAUGCAUACUCUUUACUGUGUUAUAUACAUUUCCUAAGGUGCUGACAAGGAGAAUUUGUUUAACAAUCAAGAGCAUCUUUAGUUGGUGAUUGUUUCCUUUUUUCAUCCUUAAUGUUUGAAUUAGGGGUAAUAUCAUGGAGAGGAACUACCGGUAUAUGCUAGUUGCUCUUAACCCUUUCACUCCCACAAGUGACCAAGACAGAAUUUCUCCUUACAAUAUCAAUACAAUAUCAAGCAGGCAGGUGAUGAGAAUAGAGAAGAAUGUCAACCAUGGGAUUAUUAGUUGAUCCAAUACCAAAUUCUCUGAACUUGCAUCAUAAGAAUUGUAUGGCAGAUAGUAAGGAGAAUUACUAAUUAGAUCUUGGGAGUGAAAGGGUGAAUGGUUAAAGGGUUAAAAGAGGCCAAAUAUUUUUUGAUUAUUACACCUAUGGACACCACUUUGCCAGAGAUCCAAAUUUCCUUGCAGGAAUCUGAAAUCUAGCCAUAUUUUUAGUUUUACCAAUUCCCCCUUCUCCUAUUAGAGAAAAAAUAAUAUUUGAAUUGAGGGCUUCACUCAGUGUCCCCACAUACUGAAACUAAAAUUAACACAGGUUAUCCAAAGCUUCAAAAUUCAUUCAAAUAUGAAACAACCCUUAAACAGAAAGUCCAAAGUUUAGAAGGAAUUAAAAUUUGUUGAUUUGACUCUUAUUCAAAUUUACUUUGAUCUGGGAGAUUUAAAAAGUUUUAAAUGUGAUAAAGAGGUUUUUAUUGCAUAGAUGAGACUUCCAGAUAUUCUGGAGAGUUGGCCAGUACACACAUUGCUGUACUGCAUACAUCACGCUGUGGAAGAAGCCCAUCAUUUAUGAAUUGCCAUAUAAAAAUUGAAAUAACAAGCUUUCUUUCAUGGCAAUCAGUGUACUAAAUAUGGCUUUGGUCUUCAUGGUGUUUUUUCUUUUACAGUCUAGGCAAGCAAUGAAAGACUGGGUGAAUGGCUUAAGAGAGGCCAAAGAGUUUUGGAUACGGCAUUACAAGAGGCAAGCAUUCAAGAAGCAAUUCAUCAAUCAAGGAAACUUUGCAGAUGUGUCUGGCCCAGUUUAUGAUGAAGAUGAAAGCCUAGUAAGUUUUCAGGACAGUUAAUAUUCCUUCCCUAUUUAAGCAAAAGUGAUCAUUACAAAUAACAGCAAUUUGCACAUAAUGUUUCAAUAAUUUCUUUUUUAGGCUGACAGCAUCAUCUGUGGUUCAAGUGAAUGCUGGUGAGACCUCAAGAAGUGUAUAUCUUGCAGAUUAAAAUAAAUUCAGGUUGAACUGAUUUCAACUAAUUUGAUUGGAAUUUUCUGUUGUUUGUGAGAUAUGCUUAUUAACCCAUCUAGAGCAAAGGAGUGAAGAAAUCUAUUUGGUUUAAGAUUAAUUUGAUCUAAAAGUACAAUUUUUAACUACUACAUAUACAACUGCACAGUAUGUUUUUUUUUGGUAAUUAUUUUUUACUCCACUUUUCACUCUGUAAUCCAGAUGUAGGGAGAAGCAUCUGGCAUUAACCCUUUAACCCUUUAACUCCCAUGAGUGACCAAGACAGAAUUUCUCCUUACAAUAUCAAUACAAUAUCAACCAGAUAAGUGAUGAGAAUAAAGAAAAAUAUCAAUUUGGGGAUAAUUAGUUGAUCCAAUACUUAAUUCUCUAAACUAACAUUACAUGAAUUGCAUGGUUGACAGUAAGGAUAAUUUGAUCCGAGAGUUAAAGGGUUAACUCCCACAAGUGAUUAACAUAAAAAUUCUCACUACAAUAUCCAUACAUUCUUCAGCAAAUGAGAUGAUUCAAACUUAUCAGGUAAACGCUGUUAUCUUGAUCUGGCACCAAGUUCUCAUAACUAAUUUACAAGGGAAUGUGUAGCAGCUAGAGGGGAGAAUUAAUAAUCAGAUCUUGGGAGUUGAUGGGUUAAAGGAGCAAUUUUUGGUGUUGACAUGCUGUUGUGCACUGUAUGUACAUGUUAUAAACUUGCUUUAAUUGCUUUUUUCCAGUGAACUAGUUCAUGUAUCUGUCACCACAUGGGAUAAAAGAACUUACACAGUUCUCCUUCCAUGUGUGUUUGAUAUGGAUGAGUUGUUAGCUGCCCUAUGUACAAAGUCACAAACUAAAAGAUGUGCUGGCUGCUACGUUUGUAAGCUUCAACAGUCAUCAAUGGAAGUAUGGACAGUAACAGCUAAUGGAAUUGGUAACAUUUUAUGUUUGUUAUGGUUAAAAUCAUUUUGUAUUAAAAAGGGUGGAAAAACAAUUUUAAUCCAGCAAAUGGUCUUAAAAAACAAAAGGAGUCCAUUUGAAAUUGCUGUUUAGUGGCAUUUUGUAAUACACAAUAAUAAUAAUUAUAAUGAUAAUAAUGAUAAUGAUAUUUAUUAUUUGUAAUGUGCAUUUUACAUGUGCAUAUGAUCAAAUGCACAAUAAAAUAAAUAGAAUAAAGUAAAUAUAAAUAUAAAUGCUAGAUAAAAAUUUAAAUACGCAGCCUUGUAUCAAAAUAUACAAAACGAUUAAAUAAUAUAAACAAUAUCAAACAAAAAUUUAAAAACUUGAAUAAAAACUUUAAAACUAAAUAUCAAUUAUGAUAUGUUACAUUGAAGUAGUAUGUCUUCAAUAGAGAUUUAAAUUUAAUUAAGUUAUUUACAUUUCUUAUUGAACUAGGAAGACCAAUCCAGAGUUUAGGAGCUGCACUGGCAAAAGCCCUAUCAGCUAAAGUUUUCUUCGUUCCAAUGGUUAAUGGUUGUAAUAAAAGCUCAUCAAAGGCUUUUUAUCUUAAUAAAAUUAAUUUUAAUUUCAUUUAUGGCUAAAAGUUAAGAACAGUAACUAAUGAAAAAAGAGAGAUUUUUGGAACAAAAACAACUUUGAAGGCUGUGGCAGACUUUAUAGCAGAGUACAGCUAGCCCACCAAAUUGAGCAAUCACAUUGUGCACAUAGCAACAGAGAGAUGAAAUAUAAAAGGUUUUUAGGCUUUCUUGUGUUGUAUAGCAUACCGGCAAGGGAAGACUUUCUUUGUGCAAGAAAACUUCACUGGAUCAUUCAUUGAUGUGCUAGACUACUAGACUACUACACUUUAAUUUAUAAUCAAGAAGACACCCACACAAUUUCCUUCUAAAGUUGCUUGAAGUUAGAAUUUUUUUUACAACUAACUUGUAUUAUAUUUGCAUUGUGAAAUCAGCAUUGGUUUAUUUUUAAUUCCAGGGCACAGAUUUGACAUCGAAGAUGGUACUUUAGACAUUUCCAAACUUGGAAACCGCUUCUAUCUUUUAGUGCACAAUUACAAGGUUGGUAAUUUAAGUUAAAGUUUAACUGAGAAGUUAUGUGUUCAGAGCUUAACUUUGCUUGUGUACAUCACAUGAUAAUUUGAGGUACUUUGUGAAUUAAUUGUUCCUUUUAUAUCAAGACCGAAUUCUUGUUUUUUUUUUUCUUUUCCCAGCUACUGAUUAUUCACUUUGAUGAUGGCACAUUUCAAGUACUUCCUUCUUUAGUUUUCAUAAAAGCAAAAGAGGUAAAUGGAAUGUCUGAUUAACCAAUUCACCCCCAUGAGUGAUCAGCAGCUGAAUACUUCUCACAUUAUCACCUCUUCACCAAACAUAAGGGUCAUGAGAAUAAAAGAUAUGAUCACUGAGUCAGUAAGCUUUUGAUUCAUAAACAAGGUCUCCUUUUCAGUACAAUUAGGAAAUGUUUAGAGAACAGUGCGGAGAAUAUGCAUGCUUAUGUAAGGGUGAAAAGGAUUAAUUUUACUUAAAGUAGUGGUUCCUAGAGAGAUACUUUUGUCACUGUUGUGUUAGCAAACAUACAUUGUACACUGUUGUAAGUAGAAAGCUUGGAAACUGCUACCACAGUGUAAGUUCACUUUGAAUUUGGAUGGUGGAUGGACUUUUUUCCCUUAACACUUGUUCCCCAUUUUAGGCAUACAUAUGGGAGCAUAGUAAUAUUACUCUACACAUUUCCUUGUUUUGGUCCUUACAUCUCAAAGUAUUCCCACCAGGAAAUAAUGUACAGUUUAGUUGGACUGGAUCUAAUUUUUUUUAAUUUAGAAUGGUUGUAGUAGUUACCACUGUGUCACUUGAUUUCUAUUAUCUGCACAUCUCAUGGUUCCUGUGACAGAUCCACUGGGUGGGUCUGAAACACACCCCCCUCCAAUAGACCCAGAUUGUUUUAUUACUUUCCUUAGAGCAAACUUCGUUCAAUGACAGGAUUACAUAUAGCUAUGUGAUUUGAAGCAUUUAAAUUUGCUCAACUUCAAAUUUUCUGAGCUUAUUUAGGCUCCAGUAAUGAAAAUAAAAGAAAUUCUGCUUUUUCUGAAGUUUUUGUUUCCAAACUGAAGUUCGAGGUAGGGGGACUGGUACUCAAUUCCAUGAAUAUUCCAGCUACUUUUCCACAUCAUUUUACAGUGUAGAGAAAUGAACGGUCUUUUUCCAAUUAUUUCAGGUUCCUCGUAUUCCUUCUUUGGCUACCAAACUAGAGUCUCUUGGUAUCGAGAACUUUGGUUUAUUUCUGGUUAAUGACGAUGGAACAUGUAAGUUGUAUAUCUAAAGUUUAUUUCAACCACGUCCUUUGUUGGAAAAGCGGAGCACUUAACGUUAAGGAAGAGUUUUCCUUGAUAGUAUGGGUUGUGUAAAAGGCUUUAUCGCUAAGAACAUCUCUUGCUCCAUCUACAACGAUUUAGUGUUAUUGCCUACCUAUAUGAAUGGAGUUGCGUCUUGCUUGUGUUUCCGAGAUCCACACAACUGCAUUCAAAAACAAGAACUAACUUAACUUAGAGAUUGACGUUCGUAGUCAGAAAGCUGCGCUCACAUGUAUAAAACCUUCUACUCCUAAGAAUCCUAAAUUAUAACACUUAUGUGUUAUAAUUAUAAACAGUUCAAAGUUAGAUUAAAAGAGUGACUGAUUACACGAAACCAGUCUGACAAUGAGCGAAUAAAAAUAUGCGCAAUCAGUGUAAGCGUAAGAGUCAGUUACAGAUCAGAUAAGACUCUUUUGAAACACGAACUUGCUCGCGGAAAAAAUAAUGAUCAUUGGUUUCCUCAACGGAGAAACACGAUCACUUAUUGCUGUAUAGUAUUUCCACAAUUAACCUUGUUUAUCUUUUUUCUUUUUAAGCAAAUCUUUUUACUCCCGAGGAGGAGCCACUCAAACAUUCUCUGCAAGGUAUAAUCUACAUAUAAACACUUUUUGUGCUCAGUUUUUUAGAGAAUAUGAAAAAAAAGGGUUAAUACUCAGGUUCAAUACAAUUGAUGCUCUGGUAAGCGCACAUUCUUAGUCACUAGAGCAGAGUGCAUACCAGGAUUGUUCUCGUUGUUGGGUAUGCGCACUAGCGGUGUUAGCGGUGACAGCUGAUGCGACCUUGUCCAACCCACAAUAAAGAUGGCAAAAGGCACUCUUAAGUAUGGCACUGUUAUUAAAUCAAUGUACUGUGAAACCGUCCUAACGAAUGGCGAUGUGACGUUUAUUGGGUAAAGUAAGAUUCAGGAACCAAUAUCCGGUUUUGGGUAAAUCGUAACCAGUUACUGAAAUGUGUCGAUAGGAAGUUUUGCGACGGGUAUGUUCUUCAAGAGUGCCUCUGCUAUAAUCACUUUUUAAACUCUGGGGCGUCAUCUUGGUCCAAGACAUAAUGUCCUCUGCAGAUUGUGAUUCUAUUGAUCAUGUUAAGUUUAGACUGCUUACUUCUAGAAGGAAGUAACCAUUCUCAUGAAUCUAAAAACCGUGACUGUCAAGAGUGCCCCUGCUAUAAUCACUUUUUAAACUCUGGAGCGUCAUCUUGGUCCAAGACAUAAUUUCCUCUGCAGAUUGUGAUUCUAUUAAUCAUGUUAAGUUUAGGCUGCUUACUUCUAGAAGGAAGUAACCAUUCUUAUGUAGCUUGCACCGAUUUUGAUAAAUGACUUCAUGUUAUUGCGUGAUAAACUUUGAUUUUCUGUCUUUGUGAAUCAUGUAGGAAGGCUGGUUCUAAAAACCGUGACUGUUUCUACACCUCUCCGGCCGCGGAUUUCAGAAAUUCAAAGAAAAAAGGUAACCAACGAAGUUAUAGACUUCUUAACAAUGCAACGGCUAUCAUAUUGACCUUAUGGUUUGGGUGAAGCGAUGCAGUAAUUACCAGUAUUUAUCACUGAAAUAAUACCAAAGUCAUUCGCUGUGAUUUACAGAUCCUAGAAUCUUCCCUUUUAUGUACCAUUGCUCUUAAUUAAAUGCACGGUUGUCGUUGCAACGAAAGGUGACGCGACUUUGAUGAAGUAAAGUAAGGUUCAGGAACUAAUGGGAUGUCCUUUUGGAUGUCUGUUAAUCGUAACUACUUUCGGAAAUGUGGCAAUAAGGAGUUUGUAUGGGAGUAAAAACACUCGAAGACGAAGUUAUUGAGAGGAUUAUCUCCAUUUGGCUUAAACUCCUCUUUGGAAUUAAUCGCUCUGACGGAGGGGCAAUAAGGCAAUGUGGCAAUAAGGAGUUUGUAUGGGAGUAAAAAAAAAACACUCGAAGACGAAGUUAUUGAGAGGAUUAUCUCCAUUUGGCUUAAACUCCUCUUUGGAAUUAAUCGCUCUGACGGAGGGCUAAUGCUCGAAACGUCAACUUGGAAACUCUUUAUGGUGGUCACUUUACAUUAUCAACUCAGUCGAUAGAAAAAAUUAUUUCGAGAUUAAUCGUUUGUUUCACAUAGGUUACCAUUAUUCAUUUUUGAAAUAAAGUGUGUUUAUACAUAUUGGUCCUUAACUAUUCUUUUAGGACCAAUCCUAGCACACUUUUCAUCCCACAUCAUACAUUACCUCUCUGUGCAUUUUUGUUGAAAUCCCAUAGUAAUCUUCUGUACUUGCAGCUGAGGAAGUAUCAGCAGAACCGAAGGCAAAUGGAGGCGCUGAAAAGAGUCGAAAAGGAAAAGUGUCGGCAUAACAGUAAUUUGAAUGUAAGUAAGACAGACAAAAAUGAGGUUUCAUGCCCCGAUGGUCUUGUGUUUUACGAACAGCAUUUUGGAAUGUCAAAUGACGUCAUAAGCCCUUCUAGAUUGGAUGGCUGUGUGGAUAUGUCAAUGGACGCUGAGAAAGACAGACGAAGUGGCCCAACGAAGCUCGUAGCUUCGAUUGAAGCUCGCAGAAUUUCUCAAGAAGCGGAAUAUUGUAUCGAUGAUGAUGCCGAGUUUCUUUCCGUUGAGGAAACUUUUAAAGGCUCGUAUGAAAAAGAUGAAGAUGAAAUUGAAGUAAAGGUUGCGGACAAUGUUAGUAAGAAAGAUAGUGACUUAAGUGGUUGGUCCAGACCGGACGAUGGAGAGAUCUUUGAUGAUGACAACGUUGCUUUGAACACCUCUUCUUUAGCGACGCCUGAGUAUGCGCUAAAUGACGAAACAGAAGAACAAUUAUCAAAAUCAUCUUCUAAAGGGAAUUGGUACGCUUCAGGUCGAUGUGCAGUUAGGGAUUCUAACAGCGAAGAACUUUUUUCAAACGGCGAUAAAUCGUGUGAAAUAAGCCGAAGGGUUCCCAAGUCAACUGACGUUGGGAUGGUUUCAGAACCAUACAGUCGUAGUAAAGAUACAAUUGCUAAACUUAACUCUUGUAGCGAGCCAGGAAAUCAUAAUAGAAAUUCUUUGUUAGUCGACGAUGUGGAGGCCAUCGCCUGCUUAAAGAUUGACACAGAAAGCCAGGAAAUGAAAACAACUGUUAACAAUCCUUCACUGAAUGCAAGUACUGAGAGUAAGUUUGAAAGACACCUGCUAUGUGUGACAGACAGCGAUGACAAAUCUCCUUCAGUUCCAUGCGAGUUCCUGUAUCCCACAGAACCAUUAGUGAAGAGAACGGAUAAUCAGGAUGGUUUUUCCAGACUUUCAACAGUAAUUGUCAAGGAAGGGGACAAUAGUUGUGCCUCCUGUGCUCGUAAUGAGCAAUGUGAUUUUACCAUCAUUAGCUCGCCUCGUGUUCUAGAACUGGCUCUGAAGAUUUGCUCUGGUCAAAACGUCAACGAGGAGGAAGUAGGUGAAGCCAACAAAUUCUCCAGAAUUUGUCUUUCUGGUUGGCACUUACAGUGUGAAAAUGGAUCGUGGGCUGUAGUUGAACGCGGAGUUCUGCAUUCACACAAUGACAUCCUCUCUUCUGAAGUGAAAGUGCAUUUAUCAGACAGGUUUGAAGCUUUCUUUAACAGAGAGGAGAAGCUCUGGACUGUGAUAGAAAAUGAGCACAUUCAGAACGAACACUCCUCUUUUAGAAAUGAGAUUCAGAAUGAAGUUGUGAGAGAUACUUUUACGGCAACAGAAGACUCGCCCAGGGAUCAAGAUGACAUUAUUGAAGAGCGAGUGGUUACGCCAAUACUUAGUCAAAGCAACUCUCUGGAGAAUAUUUAUGUCAAGUCAUUAGAUUCUAAAGUUAGCGAUGAUGGAACUGAAAACUUAACGGAUGAUGAAAGACCAAUACCAACCGGGGGGAAUGGCGAUGUUGGCAGGCCAAGAGCAGAGUCUUCGUCCCAAGGAGCACUUUAUGCAGCCACUCAACGAGUUUUCUUACACAUUGUCGAGUUCGGUGAAGAGCCCGAAGAGGCACUUGAUGACACCAAACAUGAAAGUUUGAUCGAAAAUGUUUGCAGUCCUCUAUGCAGCGCCCUUUGGAACAUGUUAUCAAUCGGCGUGCGAAAAAAGUUUAUUGGGAAAUACACAUUGUGGAACAUCGUUGAAGAAUUGAAGGACAUUUCAGGCGAUGUAGAAUUGGCAGUGAACUGGGUAAAUAACAGAUGUGCUCGUCUAAGUGAUGAGCAAAAAUUCCAAGCGUUCGUUUGUGAAUGUCUCAACAUCGGACGUGGUACUUUGAAUCAAUGGCUGGAAGAAUUCAUUAAACAAAACAAGACGAGAGGUGAUGGAAAAAUAGGAAAAAAGUUCUACAGUCAAAGCGGUAUAGUUUUUCAGCUCUCUGGUCAAACGCUCGAAGAACUAGUGUUGGAUUUAUCACGAAUUAGCGGUCUACCUUUCAAAAUUAAUGUAGAAAGGUGGAUCAAGACAAAGGGCACUAGCCUUCAUGAGACACCUUUUACAUUUGAAUGACAC